AAAAAAAAAUCAGAAAAACAGAUGACAAAAAUAAAAUAAAAGCAAAAUCAGAAGAAAAAACACGGAGAGAGGAGGCAUAUCGAAUCUUUCAUCAUCCUCUCAAACCCAAAAAAACGAUCCAUCUCUCUCUUUCAGUUCUGAUACCCCACUAAUCCCUUCAUCUUCCCUUCUCCUCCACCAUUAUUUUCCACGCUUCUCAAAAGCUCUUUGUUUUUCAUUGAAGAAGAGCAAGAGCUUAUCAUCAUCAUCAUCAUCAUCAUCAUCAUCAUCAUCGCCUACCAUGCCCUCAGGUCCCAGGAAGAGGAAAGCACAAAGAAGGAAAAAGGAGGAGAGAGAGAAAGAGUUGGAGAAAGAGAAACAGAAGGAUAAAGAAGAAGUGAAAGAGAAACUCAACUCUCCUGCCACCUCUUCUUCCUCUCAAGAUUUUAACCACAGCAAAAAGGACAUCCACUACAAUGAAGAGAGCUCCAAGGAUGAUACUGGGAGCAGCAGUAGCAGCAGCAGCAGCAGCAGCAGCAGCAGCAGCAGUGAGGAGGAUGGGGAAAAGAAGAAGGGUGCGGCGGACGGCGGUGAGGAUGAGGCGGCGGUCGGAGAGGUGAAAGUUGCGGAGGAGAUCGCGAUCGCGAUCGCGAUCGAGAAGAGAGUUGUCCGACCUGUCGGUGAUGGGGCAGGGGCAGUGCCAGUGCCAGAUGAGGGCGCGGAUAAGCCGUUUGAUGUUUUGAUUGAGAGAGAUGAUAAGUUGUCUCAUGAGAGUGCGGAGAGAGCGGUCUUAUGGGAUCCUUCGGAUUGUCCGGCCGGCGAGAGUAUUCGAGAGGAGGAAGAGCCGUGCUGCCGAGAGAGUGAGGAAACAGAGGUGAAUACUCAGGCUGCUCCUGCACCGCUUUUGGAGCACCGGACUGCGUGGUGGAACUGCUGUGGAAUGUUAGAUGCGUUCGCCGGAUCUAAAAAAGAUUGAGCAGAAUAAAGAUGAGACAUCAACAAGAGCGUUUUGUAACGGUUGAUUUAUUAGAAGCAUUGCAAGGUUGUUGAUUGACUAGUGGUAAGUUUCCGAGUAAGCUCAUCGACUGCUUUGUAUAUUUUUUCGUUGAUAGAUAGAUCUUUCUCUACUCCUAAUAUUAUGCCUCAAGAAGGUGCCGGGAUCGGUUUUCUCAUCUAUAUAGCAUCAUGCAGUUUGAAGUAUGUCUGACACCAGAAGUAGCUAAACACCUGCUGAUGCAAGGUGUUGUAUUUGCAGGUCUUGUAGUUUUUGCCCUUUUUGGUAAUUACAUGCGUUUUUAGUAGAUUAAAACCUGUUACCAAGAUGUUCUUCCCGAAUCUUCUGUUCAUUUCUCGGGAUUUAUAAUAUUUUUGAUUCAGGAGAGAGUGGUGUGCUUCACCCACUGGCUACUAGCAAGUAUAUGGCAAUUUUGGAAGUCGAUGUUCAAAUCUUGUUGGAUAACCGCUCUUCUUACCAUAGCUAGUUAUGCGGGGAAGAGCGGCCUAUUAUUCAUAUAACAAAUACUAUUAUAAUACACUGGUUAUGCUUUUGCACUCGAUCAGUUUGAGAUCA